AUGAUCUGGUCCUCGGAAGCAGACGCCAAGCUCUUCGUGGGUGUCUUGAAUCAGUUGCGCGGAAAAUUGAAGCUCGACUAUCAAGAACUUGCAAUGCACAUGGGCGGAGACUGCACCUCCUGCGCCGUUGAGCAGCGUAUGGUGAGGCUCAGGAGGAUGGCAACUGCCGCAUCCGUGGCAUCAUCUAGUGCGACCGGUGGCGGAAGUAGUACCAACACAACCCCUAAUACUACCCCACGGAAGCGCAAGGGAGAUAGUCUGGCAACCGCUCCUGCGAAGAAGGCCAAGACAGGGGGUGUCGCUUCUGCCAGAUCUGAGAAGAAGGAGGCAGAUACAGCUCUUGUCGAGGAAAAUGGAAAGGCCGAAAUGAAGGUCAAGUCUGAGAUUAAGAAUGACCCUGUGGAAUAA